AGUAGUUUGCUUUAUAUAUAGGCACGGAUCUGCACAUCCAAAAAGUGUACAUGGAUUAAUUUCCCGCAAUGAUCGCUUAUCUGCAAGUAAGGAUAUAGUGAAUGAGUGUUUUUAUUUCAAUGAUAAAUAUGAAUAUGGCACAAAGUGGAUCAGGCUCAUAUCCUGUUAGACGUGGGGCACACAGUGGAGAAUACCGAGGUGUGUGGAAAGGGAGAGGUUCAUGGCGCGGCAAAUCGAACAGGGGUCGUGGAGGAGGCUGGCAAGGUGGCAGCACAUAUCAAAACAACAAGCCUCCCUUAAAGGAAAACAAUGUGGCUUCACAAAGCUAUUAUUCUCAUCAUGGCAGCAGAAAUCCACCGAUGCGUCAAAGCACACUCGGCACUUCUUCACCCUAUAUGGGCUGGGCGCUCUACUUUCCUAACGAACCUUACUUGGAGGCGUCAUCAACUGUAAACAUGCUGCAUGUCUUUGAAAAGUAUUUCCUCGCCUAUAAGACCAUUUACAACAGAGAGGCUAUAGAGCGGAAACAGUCGUUUGAGGUUGACCUUAAAGAGUUGCUUGGCAACAAGGAUGUACUGGAGGCACUGCCAAACCUAGGGGAAAACAUCCGAAAUGAUCCGGAGGUCGUUCUAGGGUGUCUCGGACUGGCCAUGCACCAGAUGUUGACCGUCGAGGCUGAGCAGCAUAUAGAGAGGCAGCGAAAAGAUAUGCUAAUGGAAAGGCAACAGAAGGAGCAGCGUGCAGAGAGGGAACCGGAGGCGAUGCUAGCAGACGAGCGACCCGCGGGCGACCCGGGGGUGCCGACCCCGCAACCGAUCCCCGUCGUGCGCGCGCGCCUCACCAAGUUCGAGCCGGCGACGGCGCUGCGCAAUCUGCGCGCGAGCUCGUGCGGCAAGCUGGUGAGCGUGCGCGGCACGCUGGUGCGCGUCGGCAACGUGAAGCCGCUCUGCCGCAGCAUGGCGUUCUCCUGCAACGCGUGCGGCGCCGAACAGACGCUCGCGCUGCCCGACGGCCGCUACGCGCUGCCGACGCGCUGCGCGGACGACGACUGCAGGGGGCGCUCGUUCACGCCGCUGCGCGGCUCGCGCCGCACGACGAUGAUCGACUGGCAGAUGGUGCGUCUCCAGGAGGUGCUCGGCGGCGGGCAGGCCGAGGCGGGCCGCGUGCCCCGCACGGUCGAGUGCGAGCUGACCGACGACCUCGUCGACACGUGCGCGCCGGGCGACACCGUCACCGUGUGCGGGGUCGUCAAGGUUGCGAACGCCGAGUCCGGCGGCGGCGGCGCGGCGGCUGGCCGCGACAAGUGCACGUUUCUCCUGUACGUGCGCGCGAAUUCGGUGAUGAGCGAGCGCUGCGGGCGCGCGGAGGGAGGCGGCGGUGUCGCGAUGGAGUUCUCGCUGCGAGAGCUGUACGGCGUGCGCGAGAUCCAGGCCGAGCCGCAGCUGUUCCGGCUCGUCGUCAACUCGCUCUGCCCGGCGAUCUACGGCCACGAGAUGGUCAAGGCGGGCCUCGUGCUCGGGCUGUUCGGCGGCACGCAGAAGUACGUCGACGACAAGAACCGCAUUCCCGUGCGCGGCGACCCGCACAUCCUGACGGUCGGCGACCCGGGACUCGGCAAGUCGCAGAUGCUGCAGGCGGUGGCCAGCGCAGCGCCGCGCGGCGUGUACGUGUGCGGCAACACUACCACGACCUCAGGGCUCACAGUGACAUUGUGUAAAGAAGGUGCAUCAGGUGAUUAUGCGCUGGAGGCAGGGGCGCUGGUGCUGGCUGACCAAGGCUGCUGCUGUAUUGAUGAGUUUGACAAAAUGGCAAGUCAGCACCAGGCUUUACUUGAGGCUAUGGAGCAGCAGAGCAUCAGCAUUGCAAAGGCUGGCGUCGUGUGCAGCCUGCCCGCUCGCACUUCCAUCAUUGCUGCGGCUAACCCCGUCGGCGGCCACUACAACAAGGCCAAGACCGUCUCCGAGAACCUGAAGAUGAACGGAGCUCUGCUAUCCAGAUUUGAUCUAGUUUUCAUUCUGAUGGACAAGCCUGAUGAGGAUCUAGACUGUAAGCUGUCAGAACAUGUGAUGGCUCUCCACGGAGGAAAGAAGAGGGUGAAAAUAGAGCCACAGACUCCGACUACUUCACAGGCUACUGAAAUGGACGAGAGCAGGCUUCUUUGGGAGGCAGAGAAACCAUUGAGCGAAAGCCUUAAAUAUCAAGUUAGAGAGAAGUGUGACCCGAUUCCUGUACAGCUACUUCGGAAGUACAUCGGCUACGCGCGCAAGUACGUGCACCCGACGAUCUCCCCGGACGCCGCCAAGGUGCUGCAGGAGUUCUACCUGGAGCUGCGGCGGCGCCACCAGUCGCACGACACGACGCCGAUCACGACACGGCAGCUCGAGUCGCUCAUCCGGCUGACGGAGGCGCGCGCUCGGCUGGAGCUGCGCGAGGUCGCGGACGCGCACGACGCCGCCGACGUCAUCGCCAUCAUGAAGCACAGCAUGCACGCGACGUUCUCCGACGAGCUCGGCUGCCUAGACUUCCGCCGCUCGCAGCACGGCUCCGGGAUGAGCGAGAGGGCGCCGGCGAAGCGGAUGGUCGCCGCGCUGACGAGCGUCGCCGAGCGCACGUGCAACUCGAUGUUCACCGUGCAGCAGAUGCGCGAGAUCGCGGCGGAGAGCGGCGUGCGAGUGCGGAACUUCGAGGAUUUCGUCGCUGCGCUCAAUAACCAGGGCUUCCUGCUGAAGAAGGGACCGAGGGCCUACCAGCUGCAGACAACCGGCUUUUAAUGCUUCGUCUGACCUUUAGAUUCGACCUGCCAGUACCUAUGUUAGCUAUACUAAGUGCUAAUACUUAGUCUCUGCUCAUAAGUCCAUCCUUAACGGUUUAGACUUUUCCGUGGCAAACCCCAUUCAAAAUCAUGCAGAUUAUGAGUCUGUAAACUUUGGAAGUAGCAUGUGUUGAUGAACUGCAUUUUGCAUUGCCCUACCAUCUGUAUUGAAAAUACUGUUUUUUGUCUUCACUUCAUUUCACCUCUGAAAUUAUUGGCAUAGUGAUUACAAGUGAGCAACCCUUCUAGGUUGCCCACAUUUCUUUUCUAAUUUAUAUGAUGUUGUGUUAUACUGUGUUACAAUGUACAGUCACUUGCUGCGACCUGGCUCUAAUGGCCAUUCAAGUUUAGUUAUCCUUUUGCAACUGCAGAGAAAUUGUUGUUGCUUGUACAUAUUGUAUCAUUUAUAGUAAUAGCUUCAUUCAAGCAUAUGUAUAAUAUGUAAACUUUCACAUGUAUAGUAAUUAUGGUAUUUUGUAACCACAUUUCUAAAAAAAAAAAAAUUCAUUCUUUGGGCUCUAUUUAUAUCAAUGAA